AAAAUAGAAAAUCUCCAACUAAAACGAAAGAAUUGAAACAUUUUCGGAUUUUUUCAUUUCAGAUGCGAGCAGCAAACGGUUAACAAAGGUGCGCGCUCGUCCCGUCGCGAAAAAUCACCGAAAGGGAAAAUUCGUAACGGAAGCGGGGAAAAUGGCAUUAGGAAAAUAUGUGUGAACCAAAAACGAAAAAAAAAAAAAAGAAACUAAAAAUCAAAAUAAGAAUGUGAAGGAUUCUACGAAAGAGAACCCAGUGAACAAAACAUAGAAACGAGUGAUUAACUCAACUGGUCCAUGUGAUCCAAACCCAGAUGAAUUAUGGAACAUGUAAAUAGCACUAAUGCCAGACAACCGCAGCAUCAUCAUUUUGAUCAGCAGCUGCAGCACAAUGACAACCAGCAGCAGUUUUGCCUACGCUGGCACAAUCAUCAGACCAGUUUACUGAGCACUCUCCCGAUUCUGCUGGACCAAUCCCAUUUGACGGAUGUUACCAUCUCGGCCGAGGGCCGCCAGCUAAGGGCUCACCGUGUGGUUCUCAGUGCCUGCAGUAGUUUCUUUAUGGACAUCUUCCGGGCUCUGGAGGCUAGUAACCACCCUGUUAUUAUCAUACCAGGUGCCAGUUUUGGGGCCAUCGUCUCACUGCUCACCUUUAUGUACUCCGGCGAGGUGAAUGUCUAUGAGGAACAGAUUCCCAUGCUGCUUAAUCUGGCCGAGACUCUGGGCAUCAAGGGACUGGCCGAUGUCCAAAACAACAAUCUACCAAAGACAGCGAGGAGUGGUGGCGCCUCUUACAUGGAUACGGCGAACGAGAAGUCCUCUGAGUUUGAGCGCCCCAGCACGCCCUCGCCCACGCCAACUCCCAUUCUCACGCCUUCCCACACUCCCACACCAAGUUUGCCUCAACUACCCACUCCGGCGCUUAGCACACCACUGUUGGCAAACAAGCUGGGAUCGGUGGGAUCCACCGGAAUGGGUACGACGCCAUUGGAGAAUCUCUUUAAGUCGCUGCAGUUCUAUCCAAGUCUGCUGCCGCAACCUCUAAACUUUUCGCAGACGGCGCUUAACAAGACCUCGGAACUGCUGGCCAAAUAUCAGCAGCAAUGUCAGCUUUACCAAAGCGGAAUGCAGGACGAUCACCUGGAAACGGACUGCUUUGGCUCCAAGCGGCUGAAGGGUGAAAGUCCGCCCAAGGAGUUGCGGCGUCUGGAGAAGAGUCUGGUCAAGAAUCCUAAAAUAGCAUCAUCAUCUGCUGUCAACAGCAGCAGUAGCAAGUCGCCGCAGGAAAGCUCCAUACCAAAUCCUAUAGUAGCCACAUCCCCCGUUACCCUUGCUCCGCCGGCCAUGGCACACUUUUCACCACAGCUACCGGUGGUCAAGUGCUCCUCGGCCAGUUACCCCAGCACCCUCGGUCAAAGUCAAUUGUAUAACAGCAAGCCGCCGCUGUAUAGUGCUGCAGCCACACCCACUUCGGCACAACAGGCGGCCCAAAUGCAUCACCAUCCACCGCAGGGGCCGACACCGUACAUCUCGGCCGAGGAUCAUGCCAAACUGCAGCUCCACAUCGAGCAGUAUCAGCGGGAAGCGGCAGCAGCAGCUGCAGCGGCUGCCGGUGGUAUGGCGCUGGUCAGCGCCAAGUCGGAGCCCAAUCUGCUCUCACUAAGCGCCGACCGCGACAAAUCACUGGCCGCCGCACCCAUCAAGCCGCCGUCCAACUCAAAACUCUAUGCCACCUGCUUUAUAUGCCACAAGCAGCUGAGCAACCAGUACAACCUGCGUGUCCACCUCGAAACCCAUCAGAAUGUGCGGUACGCUUGCAACGUUUGCUCCCAUGUGUCCCGAAGCAAGGAUGCCCUGCGCAAGCAUGUUAGCUACCGACAUCCUGGGGCGCCAUCACCCUGUGAGAACGAGGCUCGUCGAAAGAGGGUAUCCAAGCUGACGGCAACCACUGCUGCAUCAGUGGCCACACCUACACCGAUGCCCAUGGCAGCCAGUCACACAGUAACCAGCGGUGAGAUAGGUCCAUCACCGGCGACCGCUCUGGGAUGUUCGGGCCAGGAAGCAAGAAAUCCAUACCUCUUCCUGCCCAAUCAAUUUCAGAUGGCGGCCGCAGCAGCUGCCGUGGCCGUGGCUGAAUCCUCUCCAGCUUCUGGUCAGCCAUCGUUGGACUUGGCCCAUGAGGCGCCGCCGCUGGGCAUUAAGAGUGAACGUGAGCCACCGGCGGCCACCAAUGGAGAGGUGACAGGUGUGGAGACUUCAGCGGCAACCACCUGAGAAUAAUAUUUUUUAAUAUUUUCGAUUUGUUCAACUCACCACACUGACACGCACACAAGCACAAGGAACAUGCCCACCCAC